CCUCCGUCAGACAGAGCUCGGCCUAUGUAUGUGGAUCUAUGCGGCGGUUGUGGGGGCCUUCUGUACGUGUAGAUUGUGCAUAAGUUGCCGUGCACAUGCAUAUAUAUAAUUAAGGUACAUAGGGGGGCUCCCGUGGUCCCGUGGUUGAGUCUCGGCCUUGCGCUUCGGCUGGUUGCUACCUGCUAGAGCGUCGGUUCGAGACCUAUGUACCACGGGGGUGGAAAGGUGGGCUCUUUCCGACACCCUCAGCCCCGUUGUUGGGCCUCCUCCUUGAAAGAAUUGGGUAUCUCUCUACCAGCCGUCUGGGUGGUUGGGCCUUCCUCCAUUGGGGUAUAUCCCCAACGAAAUACCGAAAAAAAAAAAAAAGGUACAUAUUAGUUAAGCGUUUAGAAAUCUUCGAUCUCAUUCGUUUUCUUGUCCUGUUUUUUUUUUUUUUAUAUGCCGCUGGGCGAAAUAAAACAUUAUUAUUAGUAGUAGUAGUAGUAGUAGUAGUAGUAGGAGUAUUACCAUCAUCAUUAUUAUUAUUAUCUGGACUCACAUGAUUUGAACUCUGCAACAAUAAAUUAUCAGUCAAUCAAUCAAUCAUCAAUCUUUGGAGCUGGCAGAGGUUCCAAGAGUGCCACCAGGACCCACCCAAGACCAGGACCGAGCCAUCAUCAUUAUUUCAUCACCUGUUGGCUGGCUGGUUGGCUCAACUUGGCUGGCACCGCAUCACCCCAGUUCACCUGGAGGGAGGGAGGGAGGACGUGAGGCCGCCUACACGCAGAGGAUAAGUUUGCCACAACUUUCAUCCUCCUUCAUCACUGCUUUGAUCUCGGGAGCAUGAACACCGGCCAGGAGCCAUACACCAUGAGACCAGUGUUGAGGUUUGGACACCUAGGAAAAGAAAAGAAGCCCAAAAGAAAAGAAAGUGACAAAGAAGAAGUAACAGGAGGUAUCCACAGAACACUACAGCCCAGGAGAUUUCUAGUGUGCGCACACAGACACACACACACACACACACACAGUGGCAUCACCCCUCGCCGUCCUCUCAGGCAGGAAAUGGUUGUUCUACAGUCUGCAUAUGAACUUGAUGGCAUUGAAGAAGGGAAGAAAAAUUAUAGUUCUUCACCCUCGAUAUGGGAGCAAACAGUAUCAUGGUGCAGGCACCACCUCCACAUCCCUUUCACAUUCAAGGUUGCCUACUACAUCACCACCUGUUUGUUGUUCUCCACCAUCCGGUAUUAUGUGGAUCUGCCUCAUAUAGAGGCCAUAACAGGAAGACAGAGCAUUCUCAACCAGGUGUUUGUUAAGAAGGCGUGGGGCAUCACUUUAGUUGUGUUUUCUCUGUACCGCAUCACUUCUCUCUUCUUGCGGCCCAAGUUGCGAGUUGACCUCAAGCAGUUCCUGGUCCGCUCUGCUGUCACAACGUUAUGUUUCUUCUUUUGGUGUCAGGCUAUUUUUCCUGUCAUCGAUGACUUCUCAUCAACUUGUAUCGCUGGGAACCAAACUCUUGCAUUGUCUAAAUAUAAAUGCCUGAGUAAAGAGGGCCGGGAAUACCUCUCCUUUGACAUCUCUGGACAUGCAUUCCUCCUUACCUUCUGUGUACUGGUCAUGAUGGAUGAGAGCAAGGAAAUUCUCUACUUCCUCUGGCUGGGACAAUGGCUGUUUGGUGAAGCUACACAAGAUAAGACAGAGGACAGCACCUGGCCUACUUUAGAUGAAAAGGCAGCAAAGUCCUUGAGGAAAUGGUUUCCUUUGUUAUCCCCAUUAGUUGCCAUUACCUUCCUGAUCAUGUGUGCCCUUGCGUUGUUAUGGGAUUUUAUGAUUCUGAUCACUACAUUGUACUACCACUCAUUUGCUGAGAAAGGGGUUGGGACUGCAAUAGCUCUCUUGUCAUGGGGACUUAUUUAUAGAGCUGCAUUUCCCUGGCUGUUCAAGUUGAGAGUGCUAGGAACGUAGUAAUAACAUUAUUUUGUUACUGUAGGGACAUAAGUACAUAAUUUUUCACUUGUUCAAAUGCCAAUCAGAUUAUUAGUUAGAAAUUUUAUAUAUAUUUAUAGUUUGUGCCAGUUCUCUUUUAAAGAGGUUGACAUUAGCAAGGGGAUGAGACAAGAAAAAGAUGCUGCUGCUGCCUUAUAGCAGCUUUCUGCCAUGACGAGAACAAGGCCAACACAUGCAGGCAUGUAUCAAGCCUUUUAAAAUUAGCAUAGUUCUGAUAGCAGAUUGAAAGUGCAUAGUCAAGCAGCAAAAUUCUCAAGGAGGAUGUAGUAACAACUUGUAAAUAAAAUGGAGACUCAGGCAACAGUAGUUUUAAGGAGAAUAUUUUUAUACUAAUAAAUAUUUGUUUUCAUUUGAUUAAGGAUCAAAUGAUAUUUAUUCUGGUGUACAAAUACAUGACCAGAGAUUUUGGACUAGCUAAUUGUAGUUAUAUUUUAACUUACUCAUAGUCAUUAUUAUAAUAUUAUGUAACAUCACAAUGUUAGUAGCUUUGCUCUUAAACUAAUUAUCUUGUCACCCAUU